AUGAAGCCUCUCAGGCCAUUUCCCUUUCCGCUCAACAUUGGAACGGACAUUUGCCGCAUCUCUCGCAUCUAUGCCAUUCUGAGGAGCCCUCGUCGGGGCACGCGGUUUGUGAAGCGCAUCUUUGCUCCGGAAGAGCAGGCGAGGCGGGAUUACAGGCUGCAAUGCCUCGCACGGGGGUUGUCGGGGAUGGUGGACGUGAGCAGUGACGAGAUUGCGAGGCGGGAUCCGGAGUGGUGGGCGGCUGCUUCGUUUGUUGCUGGGAGGUUCGCAGCCAAAGAAGCGGCCAUCAAAGCCCACUCGCAUCGCCGCCUCACCUUUCACGACGUGGUGAUUGAGCGCCGCGGGAGGAACGAGGAGCGUCUUGGCAGCGGACCGCCUGUGGCGCGGAUCAAGGGCCGGGGAGGGGAGGAUGGUGGUGAGGAUGCGAGCGCGAUGAUUUCCAUCAGUCAUGAUGGGGAUUAUGCUACGGCGGUUUGUAUGGCGCAUGAUCCGAGUGUUGUGGGUGGAGGGGAAUGUUGA